UAGUUUAGUAAAGGUAAUAUAGACACAAACAGAUCAAUAACAGUAUAGGAUCAUGGGUAAGAUCAGUGUGUCUGAAUCUAGAGGUAAACCUCGUCAUAAUCCUCUUUAUAAAGAUAUCUCUUCUCAAGGUGGAAAUUUAAGAACUAAUCCAAGGUCAUCGCAAGCUUCAAAAGAUUCUAAAUCUAAGAGACAACAGAAGGAAGCAGAAGAAGAAGGAUAUCUAGAUGCAUCUACUUCAAGAAAGAUUUUGCAGUUAGCCAAAGAGCAACAAGAAGAAUUGAAAGCAGAAGAAGAAGAAGAAGGAGACGAAGGGGUAUCAUUUGGAUCUAGUUUCCCAGUGUCACAAGCAGAUGAAGAAGAAGAUGAAGAUGAAAGUGAAGAUUAUUCUGAUUUUGAAGGUGAAGAAGAAUACUAUGAUGAAGAAGAAAUAGAAAUCGAUGAAAAGGAUGCUGAAUUAUAUAAUAAAUAUUUCCAAUCCAAUGGUGGUCUUGGAGAACAAUCCAUAAACUUAGCCGAUAAGAUUUUAGCUAAGAUUCAAGAAAAGGAAAUUGAAAAGCAAAAGCCAGCAGAGGGUGUUUUAUUACCACCAAAGGUUAUUGCUGCCUAUGAAAAAAUUGGACAAAUCUUAUCUACUUAUACCCAUGGUAAGUUACCUAAAUUAUUUAAAGUUUUACCAACCUUAAGAAAUUGGGAAGAUGUCUUAUAUGUAACUAAUCCUGAUGCUUGGACUCCCCAUGCUGUCUAUGAAGCCACUAAGUUGUUUGUAUCCAAUUUACAAGCUAAUGAAGCUCAAAAAUUCAUUCAAACUGUUUUAUUAGAAAGAUUUAGAUCAUCCAUAGAGGAUUCCGAAGAUCAUUCCUUAAAUUAUCAUAUUUACAGAGCAUUAAAGAAAUCAUUAUAUAAGCCUGCUGCAUUCUUUAAAGGUUUCUUAUUACCAUUGGUAGAUGGUUAUUGUAAUGUUAGAGAAGCUACCAUUGCUGCUUCUGUCUUAACAAAAGUUUCAGUUCCAGUUUUACAUUCAUCAGUUGCCUUAACUCAAUUAUUACAAAGAGAUUUCAAACCAGCUACUACUGUUUUCAUUAGAGUUUUAAUUGAAAAGAAAUAUGCUUUACCAUACCAAACUUUAGAUGAGUUGGUAUUUUACUUUAUGAGAUUCAGAAAUGCAAGUCAACAACAAUUCCAAGAUUCUAUGGAUAUUGAAAAUAAUGGAAAUCAAAAAGGUCCAGAAUUACCUGUCGUAUGGCAUAAGGCUUUCUUAGCAUUUGCUCAACGUUAUAAGAAUGAUAUAACCGAUGAUCAAAGAGACUUCUUAUUAGAGACUGUAAGACAAAGAUUCCAUCAUGGUAUUGGACCAGAAAUUCGUAGAGAAUUAUUGGCUGGUAAACCAAGAUUGACUGGUUCUGAGUCUACUAAAGAAGGAAUUAUGGUAGAUGCCUUUUAAGUGUAGUGAUACAUACUUGUAUAUUAGAU